AGAAACUAAUAUAUUUUCAAAUUUUCAGUUAUUUUCGAAAGUAAUUUAUUCAAAUUACACUAUUCAUUAAAAUGAUUAAAAAGGAAAAUAAAAUGGAAAUAAUCAAAUUUGAUCCACCGAUAAAAUCUCGCUAUUUGCCAGGAGAGGUAAAUGCGGCCAUUGAAAAUGUAGAUUUAAAAACAUAUAAAGCACACCGUUUAAAUUGUAUAAAUGCCAAAUCAGUUAUUGAUAAUAAACCUCCGAAAUUUAAACUGAAUUGCUAUUAUAGUAAAAUUAAAUUAAACGAAGAUGAAUAUAAAGCUAAAUUAAAUUUCAAAUGUAAUAUGGAUAUUAUGAAAGCUAUCAAUAUAAUUUCCAGAUAUGGAGGAAAAGUCGAUUGUUGGAGAAAGAAACAUAAAAGACCAAAACUUAAGGUGAAAAGUUUUCGGUAUGAAAGGAAAUUUAUAAACAAGCAUAUUAUGCGCACAAAUAAUAUUAUUUAUAAAAAUUUGAGUGGAAUGACGGAUUACGGUGAAUUUUCACCGCAAGUAAUGGCAAAAAAUUGGAAAUUAAUAAAAGCAAAUAUUGUAUAUAAAUCAAGAUUUCCUUGGUUUAAAGAAAUAUCAAAGUAUCCAUCUAUUACUCAUAAUGCAUCGUUAAAUAAUAAAAUUGUACAACGUUCAAGAUGUUUUUUCGAUCUUGAGCUAGCACAAAGUACAUUACCAUUAGGCAGAAUUGUUUUUGAGCUUUAUAAUGAUUACGUCCCAAUGACGUGUGCUAACUUUGAAGCUUUUUGUAGAGGUUUUAAUGGAUUGUCUUACAAAGGCACUCCAUUUCAUCGGAUAAUAUCCGGUUAUUGGUGCCUAGGUGGAGACGUAAUAAAAUAUAAUGGCAUUGGUGGAGCAUCGAUUUUUCAAACACCAUCAUCUGAUGAUGAUUUUAGCCUAGAACAUUCCUGUCCAGGAGUCUUAUCAACUUACAAUGAUAAGAAAAUUGCAUUCGAUUCCAGAUUCAAUUUGACUUUUCGACCUUUGCCAUCAAUGGAUGGGAGAAAAGUUGUUUUCGGAAAAGUCAUAAAAGGAAUGCAAAAUCUAUUUAAGAUUAAUGCAUACGGUACAAAGUUCGGAAAUCCACUGCAGAAAAUAAUUGUUUCAAAUUGUGGUGUUUUAGACAAGAAAAGAAAAAUGAUUUUAAGAUAA